AUGUCAGAAUCUCCAGAACCGCGCCUGGACUCACCAGCCCUCGAUAAAGACGAGAAUGAAGACGAUGUUGCCCUUGACAAGGACAGGGAUAUUGCAGCAGAUAUAUCCGACGAUGAGUCGGUUCUUUCUGAUGUUGACGAGGCGCAAUUUGAAGAUUUCGACCCUGCAAAUGUCGCGAUUGAUGACCGCCCUGCACUCGCCAUCGACGAAGAAAAUUUAAAACUGGUUGGUCGCCAUAAACGCCGGAGAACCGAAGAAGAUGGAGAUGGUCAGACGAAGAAGAAAAAGAAGGAGGGGCGCAGAGAUAAGAAAAGUCAUAGAAAGAAGCAAGGAAGUGAAGAGUUCAGUGGCGGAGAGGAGAUGGACGGCAAACGGAGGAGAAAACGCAGAGAGGGAGGAGGAGAGCGGGCUCCUAGACAGAGCAAGAAGCAAGCCGAAGAAGAGAUCGAUGAGGAGUCCUUGGAUCCUGCUACCAGGCGACGCCGAGCUUUGGACCGGAUGAUGGACGAAGCACUGAAGAAACCUUCGAAAAGACGCUUCAAGAAGGCAGAUGGAAUCGACUUGGCGGAUUAUGCCGAUGCCGAAAUCGAAGACGUUCGCAAGCGUAUGACCGAUGCAGCUCGUCUAGACAGUAUUGCCCGCAAAGAGAAUCGCCCUGCAAUGCACAAACUAAAAAUGCUUCCGGAAGUAGUGUCUCUGCUCAACCGGAACCAAUACGUCAACAGUCUUAUCGACCCGGAAAUAAACCUUCUGGAAGCUGUUAAGUUCUUCCUCGAGCCGCUUGAUGACGGUUCCUUGCCUGCCUACAAUAUCCAACGAGACCUUCUCGCGGCAUUACUACGACUGCCUAUCAACAAGGAAGCAUUAAUCGCGAGUGGUAUUGGCAAAGUUAUAGUCUUUUAUACGAAGAGUAAGCGACCAGAGGCCGGGAUUAAACGCCAGGCCGAACGUCUCCUCGCCGAGUGGACCCGCCCUAUCCUCCAGAGAAGUGAUGAUUACUCCAAGCGAGUGUACGAGGAGGUCGACUUUGACCCUAGUCAACUUGCCGAUCGAACCGUAUCGGCUGAAGCUUCAGCUGCCGAAGCGCGUGCCAGAGAGCUGCUUCCGCCUCGUCUUGCCAAUCGUGCUCGUGUUGAAAGCAGUCAUACUACCUAUACCGUUGUACCACGGUCUACUGGCUUUUCCGAGAGCAAGUUUGCUCGCCCUCUAGGUGCCAGCGGAGAAGACAGAUUCAGGCGCAUGAAAGCCAGACAGAUCGCUGCCACGAAGGGAUCGAAGCGCUAG